UAGGGGAAAAUAGCGGAAACGACGACAAGAACCAGAUAAGCAUAGCUUAUUAGCAGAGAGGGAGAUGGAGAAGUACUUCGGAAAUGCAUACAGAGGAGACCCAGGAGUUCCUCAUGCCGACCCGGACCGAUUCUUUAACAUUUGGAUCGGGUCUGCUGCUUUUUCUGUCAUGACCUUCAUCAAUCCUUACAUGUGGCACCUCACUAAUCAGUUCAAUUGGCAUGACAAAGCAUUUCUAUUUGAGCAGUACCACUGGAAGAAAGCUAUGAAGAAGAAUGAGCCAUACCAAUUUAAGUGGAAUGAAAUGGACAGAGAGAUCCGAGACAAUUAUUAUAUCAACUGGCCUGUUUAUUUCCCUUAGCUUUCUGUUCCUUGGAAGGGAUCUGUGGGAAAUGCAAGCUUAUAUGCCUUAUUUACAAUCUCGUGUUUGUAUUGGUGGCUUAAGCAAUUGAUAAUUGGAGUUUUAUUUCUUCUUUUUUGUAUUAAUGGAUCUUUGAAUAGCUUUUCAGUGCAUAAGACAUUGAGAAAGAGUAGCAAGCGAAUGGUUUAUAUGUGCUCCUUGGUUGAACCUUGAAAUCUUUACAGUUGUAGUUGGUUUUGAAACAUGAA